ACGCACACUGGCAGUCAUGUGACGGUCAUAUAGUACAACUCAGCCAGCGCUCCGUCCAGACUGAACACUACUGCUGCAUGGCGAGUCUCAAGGGCAAAAACUGCUGUGGCAAUAGACCGCCCCGUCGGAUGCAACGGAUCAAACCCUACUCCCUGCGCCUUUUGCACUGGGAUUACAUUUGCUCUGAGUGAUCGAGACGGACUUGUUUCCUGUGCGGAGACCUUGGAUUGGAAGAGUGUUUCCCCGACGUUUACUCUUUCCACCCUGAGAGAGCACACCAGGUGUUUCGCUAUCUCACCCGAGUGGGAAGUGUGGCCUUGGUGAUCUGUGCUUGUUUGGCCCAACUUUUCCAGCUGCACAAGGAAUAAUUGUCUUACAAAUCAUCCAAAACACAGACUCCAAGUCCAGCAACAGACAGCACUUUGGCACUAUCUAGGGAUGGUAGAUAACUCCCCAGUAAGCGAGGGGACUUUUCUUCCUUACGGUGGCUCUCCACAGGCCUAUCGGUUGUCAGACAUGGUGACAGAUCUGGGCUCCUACCAGGUGAUGCAGUCACCAUUUUCAGAGGACGACCUGAGUGAGUCAUCCAGCCCUUGCUCUUGUUCCAGCCCAGACUCUCAGGUUCUCAGCUCCAGCUACGGCAGCAACUCUAGUGCUGAGAGUCAGGACAGCAUCCUGGAUCACCUACUGUCUCAGGCCUCUUUAGGAGGUGCCAAUAGUGUGCCGACAGGGUCUGUGGCACCUGUACCAUUAUCCUCUUUUGUCUGGGACUCAAGGAGUGAUGAGCCCUCUAAAUGUGAGCCUGUCAAGGAGGAGCAUUUUGACUUCCUCACCUGGUCAAAUGUAGAGACAGAGGAACAGCUUGGAGGGUCCUUCCAGCCUACACUGGAAGAGAUUGAAGAAUUCCUGGAGGAGAAUAUGGAAGUGGUAACAAAGAAGCAUGACAACCGAGAAAGUUGCCCAGGUUUAGGAGUGGGAAUGGAGAAGGCUCUUGGUCUGGAGGUUGGCUCAGAGUUGUGCAGAAAGGCUUCCCCUGAGCCUAAGCUGGAGCCAGAGGCCAAGUAUUCAGAACAAACUGCCCCCACUGCCAGCGCUGCUGCCUCCACUGAGACCAAAACUACAGUUAACCCCACACUUGAUUCCAGCACAGGGGCCAAGAAGGCAUCGGGCAGCAAACUGUCAGCAGGCAGCGGCACUAAUGGUAGUGGGAUGCCGGUCAUCCUACAGAUUCAGCCUCUUCAGAUCAAACAGGAGCCCACGGUAGCACCUCUUACCCCAGUAGCCCAUCCCCCACAGCCUACCACAUCCUCAGACAUCAAAAUUGCGCAGCUACUGGUCAACAUCCAAGGUCAGACCUUUGCCCUGGUGCCCCACAUUCUGCCUUCCCCCAGCAUUAAUGUCUCUUCCAAGUUUGUACGCAUAGCGCCUGUCCCUAUUGCAGCCAAGCCUCUGGGACUUGGGGAUAGCUCAAGUGUCCAAGGAUCAGGGAUUCUUGUUGGAGGACAAAAGUUUCAGAAGAACCCGAUGGCGGAUCUUAUCAAAAUGCACAAAUGCACUUUUCCUGGUUGCACCAAGAUGUACACCAAGAGCAGCCACCUGAAGGCCCACCUGAGGAGGCACACGGGGGAGAAGCCUUUCACCUGCAACUGGCAGGGCUGCGGGUGGAGGUUUUCCCGGUCGGAUGAGCUGUCUCGACACCGGCGGUCCCACUCGGGUGUCAAGCCCUACCAGUGUCCAGUGUGCGAGAAGAAGUUCGCCCGCAGUGACCACCUGUCAAAACACAUCAAAGUUCACCGCUUUCCGCGAAUCAGCCGGACAGUUCGCUCAGCAAACUGACGCCCUGCUCGGAACACUGGGAUUACUGGGAUUGCUGAGAUCACUCUCAUACAGACAUAGGCCACAAAAGCAAGAUGUGGGCAUGAAUGUACAGGUGUGGGCGCAAAUGAUUGUGUCUUUGUCAAGUCAAUCCGAAUAUGUGAGUGGGGCACGCCUUGCUUUUAUUUCAGCUAUCUGUGAUUUUUCUAAUUUAUUGUACAAAAGAAAACCAGCACAGUUACCAUCCUGUAAUCAGCUGAAGGUUGUCGUUGCUGUUGGUGCUUUUGUAUGUUGUUCUCCUUAUGUUUGUUCUGUUCUUAUCACCUGCCUCAGCAGAAGAUAAGCUUAUUUUCAUUUAGUCUGGAUUAUGUGAUAGCUUUGGUAAUAGCCAUUCUACCUGGAUAAAAACAACUGCCUUUUAUCUUCCUGAAAGCUGCCAAUGUCUUGGACAUUCCUCAUUUUAUGCAAUGUUUAGGAAGUCAGAGUGAAGUUCUCUCUGAUCCUCAUUAGCUACUACCAGAGUGGUAGUUACUCUUCCUGGGGUCCACAGAGGUUUUUGCUGUGAGGUUUCUCUGAUAGCUUUGUCCUAGUUUUUGCUGCCUUGCACCACAGUUCACUGACAGCACCAUUGAGGAAUAUUUUUAUUAUUCAACUUUGUGUUUAUGCACAAGGAGUUACUGGUUAUAAUAUGUGGACAUCAACUGCUGAUUGCAUAACAAAGUAAGGGAAAUCUCAUGAUAAGCUACAGGGGUUCCUCUCACACAGCAAGUUUGUUAACAUGCUGAGGCACAGGGAGGAUGAGAAUGACAGAGCAACACAAGAAAUGCAAAAGUGAAACUAAAAGGUUAAGUGCACAGUGAUUGUUAAGUCAAGCCUUUUGAUGAAUGACAAAUGUGAUAAAUCUUUGUUCAUCGUUUUAUUGUUCAUUAUUUUAUUAAGCUAAAUCACAUGUACGUACUUGCUGUUCUUCUGCUCGUCUCGCUUUUGCUGUACCACACGAUCCUCACUGGAGAGCCAAAUGGGUUGGGACAUCAGGCUUUUCAGUGAUGCAUAUUUAAAUGGGACGUUAAGGGUUCAAAAUGUGUCAUACUGUAAUAUGGCCCAUAUCACUCAGUGCAUAGCCACAGAACUGAAUGUCUCAGUCUGAUAUUAUUAUUUGAACUGUUAUUUUGCUGACACAAAAUCUGCCUCAGCUCUGCUUAAUCGGUUACUGGAGACACCCUGACGGCCUUUGACCUCAGCCGGCAGUAAUGUUGAGGUGAUAUCAGUGGACACACUACACACCAUGGUGCUGAACUACCAGGAGGAUGAGCUUCUGGGAAAUGUAGUCACAACAUCUCUUUUGAGGCCAUGACACACUUUCUUAUUCCCCAAUUGUUCUCAGACAUUGUUUGCUACCACACCCUGCUGCGAACAUGCAGGAGUGCGAUGAUGCCCGCCACGCAUAACUCAUGUAUGUAAAGUGACAACAAGCAGGGGUACACAACAUUGUACAUCAUUCCUUUCAUUCAGUUUUUGAAUUUCUAAUGCUUGUGCGAACACAGGUGUUUUAUCGCAUCCUAUGAAUGUAUGUAAAUAUGCAGGAGUGUACAUUGCUGCAUCCAGGAAACACACAGAGACUAUUCUGACACCAUCCCUUAAAAACAAAUCAGUGGUUGUGAAGAUUUCUAGUGUAAACCCUAAAUGUGUACAUAACUUAAAGUUUCAGUACAUAUGAAUACAUUCUAUAUAUUUUUUUUCUUUGUUCUAUCAUUUACAAAUAAACCUGACCAGAAACAAAUGUGUCUUUGUGGUC